AUGUCUUCCGCAUCAACCCCCCUAGACGCCGCGCCGCUCAAUGCUCUCGUUGACGUGAUUUCCUCUGCACUCAAGGACAUCGUCACUGAGUAUUCAAAGAUCGGCAGCACGGUACCCACCCUCGACGAGACUCGCUUGGGACCUUUCGAUAACACGGAGCAAUACAACCUUCGCCUCAAUAGAGCGGUACAGAUAGUAGAGGGAGCCUGCGCCCAGCUUUGCGCUACGGUCGCCAGGCCGUCACAUUACUUGACUAAUAAAGCUUACUGUUUCUAUGAGUGCUCUUGCCUAGAGGUUGCUUUCAGCGCAAGGAUAUCUGACAUCCUGCUGGAUAAGCCGAAUGGUAUGCACGUCUCAGAGCUGUCGAAGGCCUCCGGUGUCGAAGUCGGAAAGCUCGGAAGAGUCUUGCGACUCCUCGCAACGCAGCACUGCUAUCGUGAGGUCGAGCCCGAUGUCUUUGCUAAUAAUCGUCUGAGCAUGAAGUUGCUCUCGAAUGAUCCCAUCGGAAACUUCAUCGGUCAUAUAACCGACGAGUGUAUGAAGGGUGGAUCUCACUUAUGGACGGCCCUCUCAGAUCCGGAAUGGGGUACCUCGUACGAGGUAGAGAACACUGCAUUCAAGAAAGCGAUGGGUCUGUCAAUCUUUAACUGGUAUAACGAAGAUCCUCGGGGGAAAUCUGUCCAUGAGCGAUUCAACCAGGGGAUGAUCGGUUUAGGAGAAUUUAAUGGUAGAGGCCUUCUGGCGAAAGCGUAUCCUUGGGAGACUUUGCCUGAAGAUACAGUCCUAUGCGACGUCGGCGGAGGCAACGGUCAUGCUUCGUUAAUAGUAUUGAAGUCCUUCCCGCACGUUAAAGCUAUCAUUCAAGAUCAAGAGCAUGUGGUGUCCACCGGGAAGGCGCUGUGGAGUCGUGAAUGCCCUGGUGCUCUGGAGAAAGACAGAGUGGCAUUUGUGCCCAUUGAUUUCUUCCGGGACACGCCAGUGCGUGACUGCGACAUAUACUACGCCCGACAUGUACUACAUGACUGGCCAGACGCAGAAUGCGUAAAGAUCCUUGCCAAUAUUCGGAAGGCUAUGAAACCAUCCAGCAGAGUAUUAAUACAUGAAUACAUUUAUCAAAACGUGUCCCCCACUCGGACUCAGGCCUAUACACUAGAUAAGGCUCCCGAACCACUGCUUCCUAACUUCGGAGCUGGCAGGUUUAAGGUCUAUACCCAGGACAUAAACAUGAUGGCGUUGAUGAAUGCGAAGGAACGGUCGCCAGAAAUGUUUAUUGAACUUGGAGAACAAGUGGGCCUGAAGUUCGUCAAGUUCCACAACUCUGGGGAGACCGGCCUCGUAGAGUUCGCUCUUGCCUGAUCAUGAAAUGGGUGAAAUUAUUUCGUACGAUUUCUAUCAAAGCCCGACUCAUUACAUGUAUUACUUGGGAACACUCAACUCUCCCUGUAGUUAGCUUCGAGAACGAUGUAUUGCUUCACCAGCAAAUGAUCUGAUGUACAAUAUACCUCUGAAUCAAUGAUAUAU